AUGCGCCUUCUCACUGUUGGUCCCGAAGCCAGGAACACGCAACCUCCUCAGCUAAAAUUCGUCAACUUCAAUGACUGCAGUCCCGACAUUCCCGAUUACGCCAUCCUCUCUCACACCUGGGAUGACUCUACCGAAGUUGCUCUACAACAGUUGCCCCUGUUUCACCGCCAUGCUGCUUCCUCUCGGCGGCUGAGACAGGUCAGAAUCACCAUACCGAUACUAUUCGCCGCCAGCUUAUGGUCACUCCUCUCCUACACGGUCGGUGAAGUCCCACUCUACCUAGCUUUUCUGACGACGUGUCUGCUGGUGCUAUCCCUGAUGCUGGUCUCCUGCUAUCUAGCCUUUCACCUCUAUUUCGUUUCAACCCAGGACGAACAAGACACCUGUCAGCUCGUCAAGAAGAAGCAGCCGGGUUAUUCCAAGAUUCUGCAGACGUGCAUCAAGGCCCGUUUCGAUCAUAAUGUCCGUUACGCGUGGGUGGACACCUGCUGUAUCGACAAGAGCUCCUCCGCCGAGCUCACCAAGUCGAUCAAUUCCAUGUACGAUUACUAUGCCAAAGCAAAGGUCUGCUUCGUCUACCUCUGCGACUUGGAGCCUGCUGGGGAUGACUUGGGAAAAGCCCUCCCCAAAUGCAGGUGGUUUACCAGGGGCUGGACCCUCCAGGAGCUGAUCGCGCCCAAACACGUCAUCUUCUUUGACAGGGAAUGGAAUGAGCGCGGCACGAAGGCCAGCUUGAGUGGGUUGCUGUCGGAAAUCACGGGCAUACCGGAGGAGCUGUUGAAGGGGGAGACAACAUGUGGUGAUUAUGCUGUUGCUAGACGCAUGAGCUGGGCUUCGAAGAGGGUAACGACAAGGGAGGAGGACACGGCGUACUGUCUGCUUGGGAUCUUUGAUGUGAGGAUGUCGUUGUUGUAUGGGGAGGGAAUGGGUGCGUUUCAGCGGCUGCAAAAGGUUAUUUUGGAGUCGACGGCGGAUCGGAGUAUUUUCAUAUGGACCGAGGACGAAGAUGAGCGGAAGGACUGUACCGGAAACGACAGGGGCGGCAACGAGUGUCGUAUCAAGGCAGCAAGCAAGCCGCAUCCUUGGUCGGCUAUUCUUGCAAAGUCUCCGCGGCCGUUUGAAUGCGCGAGGAAUCUCGAGGUCAGUGUGACUGACUCUAUCUACCGCGAUUUAAGCAUCGGGCCGAGGGGCAUCAAGAUGGUUGUCAGUCUGGUAUAUCUCGUCAGCAAGGUCGGCGAAGACGAUGGGAACAAGUGUAUCCUGGAAGCUUUUAGCUCUUUAAACGGCGAAAUUGUUGGUGUGAUGGUUCGUAAGAUAUCCGGUGGCCGGACCCUUGUGGAGACUGCAACAUUGGCGACCAAAUUCGAGACAGUGUUUCCAUUCAGUAAGGGCUGCGAUCCUGUCGUUGGAAAUAGACAUGGCGCGUUGAGACUGCGGCUGGAUCCGUCCUUGAUCGUCAACGAGUGUCGAGCCAUGCCUCGAACACAUUGGGACAUCCACGACAACGUCUUUUUCGGCACCAACAAGACAAGCAAGGCUUGGUGCGGCUUCUUCGUCCACGGGCAGUUGGCCGAUACUCCCACCACCUGCAUUCCUAUCAAUUUGUUUGUGGGGUGUAUUCGCUGGAAUAUCAAAAGGCCCUCCAUCAUUCUGGCAAGCUUGGAAGACCUGGAUCCUGGCUUCAGAGUGUUGCUGGAGUAUCAGCUGGAUAGGCUUGAGUUUGAAAGUUGCCGUAAGGCCGAGGCAGUCAUGAUGAGUGUAUUGGAUGGGCGGCUGAGUGGUACGGCAACUGUGGUGGAAACAUGCGCGGUGGACCAGAGUCAAAUUCCGAGUUCCAACGGUGGAGGGACGGUCUUUGAUAAGCGGAGAAUCUUCCAAAUCAACGGACCGGCCACCUCUUCACCCGGAUGGCAUUAUCGGGUUCCCUCUACUGGGGAGAAUGUGCGAGUCGAAGUGAAUCUCGAGUUGGAGGAGGAGGAGGACGAUACUGUCUGCGUCAAUCCGGUUACCAUGCUAAAUCUUCGGUUGAAGCUGCUGGAAGAGGAUAGCACUGUAAAAAGCAUGGGGCUAUGGGAUAGCUGA